AUGGCUGUAGGGCCGAUUUUCGGUAGAGCCGCCCUUCUACGUCGGCAUGGGGAGAUGAUGCUCAACGCGAAAGGUCGUUCUAGAGUGGCUGGGGACGGGAGAGAGAAGGAAACAGAGAAGGAGUUGUCGUUGUCGAUCGGCUCGGAUUGCCUCCUUGGAUCGACCUGGCGAUCGGUCCUCUGCGAUGGAGUAUCGAGGGGUCUUCACGAGCAUGGGCAGACGUCGACUAGCCACGAACGGCGUAGAGGCCAUGGUUUGUUUGGUUUGGCCGAUGGGACACUGCUACUUCUAGGAGGCCGGCAGCUGAGGGGUGACACGAGUGAUGAGUGCGACUCAAGAUCAACCACUUCCUCCAGUAGAAACUCAUUAGCUACAGGGAGCUUUUCAUCAUGGGAGUCUUCGAGCGAUGUCGAUGACGAGGAGGACGGAGAAAUAGUACUGUUUUCUGAUGUCUGUCGGAGCGAAGAUGGAGGAAGAGCCUGGGAGACGGUGCGCUCGAGCUCGGCCUGGUGUCCCCGAGACGAUCACGGCGUGUGUGGUAGUCCAGAUGGAAAGAUACUUCUAGUAUUGGGAGGAUGGAGCGUUGAGGGCGAUCCUCUUGAUGACGUCUGGCUUUCUACUGAUGGCGGUCGGCACUUCGAAUGCCAAGCCGAGCAUGCGCCUUGGCAGCCCAGGGCGGAUUUUGCAUGUAUUUUUUUACCCGCGCGUAAUCGGGUGCUCGUUUACGGUGGCUAUAGCGGAGGAUAUCGAGCUAAGGGUGAUCUGUGGAUGAGUGACGACCUAGGGAGAACUUGGGACGAUAUUACAUCGCGACUUCCGGUUGACGUCGGAAAUCGUUGGGGAGCUCGAAUGAUAGCUCUGGGCGGCGACGAAGUUCUCUUAUGUCUUGGCUACGACCCGCGAGCCCCAUCGAGGUCCCAGAUCUCGUUUAUAUCGGACGAUGGCGGAAUGAGUUGGCGUCAGGAGACUGUGAUCGAUCGUGGUCGCUCGGCCGAUCUUGGCGCCAUGCCUCUCCUGGUGGUGUCCCUCGUUGCUGGUCCUCAUCCGUCGGAAGUUUUUGAGUCCACACCCAAUGAGAAAGAUGCUCAAGCUCAGAAACACUUAAUUGAACUUCUGGCCGCCGGACUUCCUCAGGGGGAAGACUUCCGAAAUGUCUUCCGCAUUCACGUGGCGGAGGCACUCAUCGGAACUGAACUUGUUGGCGGUGUCGACUAG